CAAAGCGCAAAGAAGGUGAUUGUCGUUCUCUGGUGGAGAUUUAUUUUUUUGGUGUGUGAUUUUUGUCCUGAUUCUAGUGGCAGCUGAAAUCCAGUGGAAUAGCCGACGUUCGAGAGGAUCGAAACCGGAAUUCUUAACAAUUUAAAACUUUGUGAUAUUAAUUGUAGAACAGUAACAUAACGUGAGAAAAAAUCUCAGAAUGAAACUCCAGCUGGUAUUGUUUGUAGCACUGUUUGCCUUCGCGUAUGCAUCGCCGCUUCCGCAGGCAGCUGAAAAUGUAAAACCCGUGGAGCCGUCCGCUGACGUUGCUGCCGAACCGGCGCCAGUUGCAGAUGAUACGGAAGCUAAAAGUGCACCCGCAGCUACGGAAGCCAGCGUUACGGAUGUACCGACCGAAGCUGCUGUCACGACGGAACCAGCUGCCGAUCCGGCACCGGUAGAGAGUGCCGCAGCUCCGUCUGCCGACGAAAGUAACACUGUCGAAGAAGUCCCAGAGGUGCAAGCCAAAUCCGGAAGCGACGCUGCCGCUGCUGCAACGGUUGCCGAGGUAAAGGAAGAAUCCGCUAAGGUUAAUUCCAACGCCGUAGACACUGUUAAGCUAGCUGAUGCCGUUGAACCCGCUGCUAUUGCCUCCGAUGAGGUAGCCCGCGUCGUUCGCACUAACGCAGAUGAACCAGAAGCCGCAGCACCGGCAGCAACUACUGCUGCUGUCCCAGUCGAGGAGAAAACCGUUGAACAGCCAGGGGCUAAGUCUGCACCGGUCGUCGAGGAAGCAGCUAAGCCUACGGCAGCUGUAGCGGCCGAAACUACCGUCGAAUCCACCGCAGCCGUUACAACUGCCGCUGCUGCAGCCGCCGAAAACAAAGCAGAAUCUACCACCGCUGCCGUGACUCCCGCUGUUACAACUCAACCCAAACAGGACAGUUCGGAGGAAAGUAAAGAAAGCCAAGAAUCGGACGAGCAAAAACCGUAAACUUAGCACAUACUGAUUGAACGAAGCCACAACGAGAGUUAUUGUGCCAAUUACACUUACCUCCUGAAUUGUAUUUUACCCUUUCACUCAACCAAAAGGCUUUGCUCAUCCACACCAGUUCAGAGAACCCAUUCUUAAUUACACAUUUCACUAUCCCGAUAAUGCCUUAGAAUGCAAUUAGCUGUUAUUGCAGUAAAUUAAUCGAUACAACGACACCCAUGAUCACCUCUAGCUGCACUAUCAUACGAUUGUUUAUUGGGUGCAAUCCGGUACAUUUACCACCUAAAUGGCAAUAAAAGCACAGCAGUUUUAAUCGAAAACAACAACACUUAGGCGUAAAGCGAGCACAAAACUUUCUACAAAACAGCUUAGGAAUACGAUAACAUCCUAAUUGGAAGCAUGAAGCAGAAUUUGUCUAGCAAGAUGCAGUUAACUUAACGAAUGUUGAAGCAGAAUCAACUUACACAAUUUGAAGGCUUGUGAGUUUGCAAAUUACACAAAAGCCGAAAGAACGGAAGAACUGAAUGGCAACGGAAUGCAACGGUGCAUCGACUGGCACAGUAUCACUGGUAUUUUCGUAGGUACUCUCAGUCCUAGUGUGGUCAACCCAGACUACCUACUUAGAACAAACAACAACAGGCGAGUAGCGCUGUAGUACCGAGCCAAACUUUCUCCCAAGUCAUUUGAAUUCGAACCCUCUAAUAGCGAACUUCUGUGUAGACUGAAAAUUAUACAAAAAAAAACUACAUGACAAAUGUAAAAUCAAGGUGUAAUAAGUUAAAUACAU